AUUUUGGUCUGGCCAGACGUACUAAACGCGGCCGCAGCGGACAACGCGUGUGCUAUAAAAAUAACUACAAUUACGGCGACAUUACGGCUAUUUUAUUUCAUUUAUAUUUUCCAUAUAAUUUGCAACUAAGGUGUGUGGAAAUAAUUAAAUCAGUGUUCAAAUAACACACACACACACAAACAUAUGUAUAAGCCCAAAGCGAGACUUGAUUUAUAAAAAGUGUUGUAAAAAUUGUGAAGAACGAACGAAAGUGGAAAGCCAAAAUAGAAGGAAGGCGGACGAGAAUACAAAAGCACAACAAGUAAACGGCAGCUGUGAGUCCGGGAAAACAGUCACAAUUACCUGGCUGGCAAGAUGGUCAAUCAUCAUUCGAAUGGUGGCGGCAGUGCCGGAAAUAGCAGCGGUGGCGCCCAUGGUGGAGGCGGCGGCGGUGGUGGUGACUAUUCCGGCGAUGAUCGCAGCGGUGGCGAGGAGCGGGAGCGCCUGGAUGGCGAUCUGCAUGACAAGCCCACAUAUCUGCUGGAGCAUCUGGCCACGUUCACCGUGAACAAGGAGUCGGGCAUUGUGUAUCCCGCGGACGGCAUGCGUCGGCUGUUGCAGCUGGAGAAGACCACAGGCAUCUGGUCGCAGAAGAUGCAGCUGUGCCUGGACUAUCAAUGGGUGCUUAUCAUGGAUUACGAAACGGGGAACAUUAUUGAACGCUUUCCCGCGUCGCUGGUGCAAGAACCCACCGCAUUCACCUCCAACGACGCCAUGGAGCUGUACAACAAUAUACUUGUCUUCAUUGUAUCGGGCGGCGGUGGUUCACGCUCCGAAAUGCACAUAUUUCAGUCACAAAGCGUUUCCGCCGUGCAUCUGGUGGAGGAUCUGAAGCAGUUGCGCAGCGGCAAAAUGAUAACACAGCAGCGUGGUGCCACGCCCACGCAGCAUACAAGCGGCGCAUCCAGUUCCGGCCUGGCAAUGAUGAUGAGCAAAACAUCCUCCUCCUCGUCGCACAGUCGCGCCACAGUCGAGCAACAGCAUCAUCAGCGCGAACAGCGCGAUCGGGAGCGCGGUCGAGAGCGGGAAAGGGAACGGGAACGGGAGCGCGAACUACAACACCAGCAUCACAUGCAUCAUCAGCGGAGCAGCGUGGAUCAGUAUCGUGGAUCGGCUGGCGCUGUCACCGACGUGGACAUUGGCCACAAUGGCGAGACGGACUCGGAGCAUGGUGGCAUGGCAAAUGAUCGCGAUGAGACGAGCUCCACGUCCAGCGAGAAAUACGAACGGGAUGUGGCCGUGUUGAAUCAUUGUUUCGAUGACAUCGAGAAGUUCAUUGCACGGCUGCAGCACGCGGCGGCUGCGUCCAGGGAGUUGGAGCGACGUCGUCGCAAUCGCAAGUCCAAGAAACGUGAUCCCGGCGAGGGUUUGCUCACGUUGCGCACCCGUCCGCCGCAUGAGAAGGAGUUCGUGGACAUAUUCGCCAAGUUUAAGCUUUCAUUCAAUUUGCUGGCCAAGUUGAAGGCGCACAUACACGAUCCCAAUGCGCCGGAGCUGGUGCACUUUCUGUUCACGCCGCUCGCCUUGAUUGUGGAGGCAUCCAGUGACACCUACUACGAGUCGCAACUGCCCUCGCGCGUCAUCAAUCCCCUGCUGACGCGUGAGGCCAUCAAUUUGUUAAUCAACUGCGUCACCAGCAAGGAGACGGAGCUGUGGCGUUCCCUGGGCGAUGCCUGGGUCAUACCGCGUGACCAGUGGAAGGAGGAUGUCGGCUCCUAUCAUCCGGUAUUUCUCGACGGCUGGUCACCCGAUUAUUUAGUCAUUGACGAACUGGAGGCCACAUCGCCGACGCACAUCAGCAAGCGUCGCCUUGACGUCCAGCCGGGGCCGGGUCAUCUAGCAGCUGCCGGCAUGGGUCUGAACGGACGUGGCGCUGCCGGCGGCUAUGAUGACUACGACACGAAUGGCAUCGGCAUCUCCCUAAGCGAGAAGUACACCAUUCACCAUGGCAACGAUCGGGAUCGGGAUCGGGAACGUGAUCGAGCCGGUGCCAUAAGUGCCUCCGAUUUUAAUGCACGCAGCGAGCUCUCCUUCGAUUCCAUUGAGCGCGGCAGCGGCGCUGGCGUCCCGUCCAGUGGUGUGGCUGGCGGUGCCGCUCAUGGUCAUGGACCUGGUGCUGGACCCACACUCAGCGCAAUUACAGCAGGUCUACAGAAUCUACACACACGCGAGUCCCGCAACGUCAGCAGCGUUGGCGGCAACUAUGGACCCGGCGGCGGCGGCGUCUCUGAGAUAUCCGCUGUCACAGCACGUGGUGUGGGCAAUGCCAAUGCCAGCGAGGAUCAGCUUCUGGAAGCGUGGCUGGAGGAUCUGCAGUCAACAGGCGCGAAAAUUGUUCUGGUCACCUACCCGCGUACCGCCAACAAUGACAAGGAGCUGAGCGUCAUGCGCGGUGAAUACUUGGAGAUACUGGAUGACACACGCAAAUGGUGGAAGGCGCGUAAUAUGCGCGGCCAGGUGGCCCAUGUGCCGCACACGAUUGUCACACCCUUCAAUUAUGGCGACGGCGAGGGCAACGGUCAGUUCUAUGGCCAGCAGCAGACAGGCGCGAAUAAGUCACGUCAUUUGACGGCCGGCAAUGCGGACAAUACGAGCAUGGAUCAACGCUCACCGGAUGCCACGGACAUGAUGCGUAGCAAGCAUCUGGGCAAGAAGGGCGAGUUCCGUUACUUUUAAAGGAGAUAUCCAAACCCAAAAUAUAUUAACGAAUAGUUGACCUUGACCUAUGACCUAUAACAGAGUUGAUGCGAAAAGGAAUCGAAGGAAUGAUGCCUACAUAAAAUCGUAGCUUAUAUUUCUGUUUCGAUUUGUAUAUGUGUGUUUUUAUUCUAAAAUGGAAACUCGAAACUAACCAUAAGACUAAAUAUAAGUUGUACUUCAUCGAAGUUUAGCCAAACACACACACACACACACACAGACACACACACACAUACUCAGCAUCACAGUAGAGCGGGAAGUAAGUAGUGCAUACCCAAUGGUAUAUAUAUUGUUUAUAAAGAGUGUGGACUGGCGGCGAAAGCAAUCAAUUGUUUUAAUAAAGCCUGGUCCUUGCAAUAACUAAAGGAACCUACAUAAAACAGAGUUGUC